GACACUAUUACUUGGGGAUUGACAACUUGUAUUACUCUACUGGAGAAGUACAACUAUGUUUGUUGUUACCUCUAGAUGUCCCUAGGUGCUUAGGUCGCUUGUCGGCGUUAUUUUCGAGUGCGAAAUGCACCGGUCGCACCCGAAACCAACCGUAAAAACAGCCGUGAGAACGUAAAUUGUCGAGCUGCCAAGCGUCCUACGACUAUGGCUUUGGCCGCCAUAUCUGGCACCGCACGAGGCAAGGUCUACGAGCUGCUCGUGAGAUCGUUGGUAGGUCCAUCGGCGGCACGCAAGAUGUUUAGCACGAGUUCCUCAAACGGAAACCUCAUCGCCGUGUGCCAAGUGACGUCCACUUCGGAUAAGGCGGCCAACUUUGAGACGUGCUCCGCGCUUAUCCAAAAAGCUCGGGAGAGAGGUGCCCAGGUGGUCUUUUUACCGGAAGCAGUUGACUUCAUAGCGGAAAAGAAGGCACAAGCAUAUGAAUUGGCCGAGCCACUGGAUGGUCCAAUCGUUACCAAGUACAAGGAACUCGCACGGAAGCUAGGCGUUUGGCUAUCACUUGGCAGUGUCCAUGUUAAGGACCUAAACGAACCGAGCAGCCGCAUUUACAACACACAUGUGGUCAUCAACAGUACAGGGGACACGGUGGGAACGUACAGCAAGGUUCAUCUCUUCGAUGUUGACGUCGGGACAUUCAGGAGCCGGGAGUCAGACUACACCAUUGCAGGGUCGACGAUUCCCGUACCUGUCACAACACCUGCUGGAAAAGUUGGCCUCGGAAUUUGCUAUGACCUCAGGUUUCCAGAAUUUUCCCUCAGCUUGACAAAAAUGGGUGCUGAGAUACUGACGUACCCUUCAGCAUUUACUGUGCCCACCGGAAUGGCUCACUGGGAGGCAAUGAUGCGAACGCGUGCAAUCGAGAACCAGUGCUACGUUGUGUCUGCUGCACAAGUUGGGCAGCACAAUUCCAAACGGUCUUCUUAUGGACAUGCGCUGGUGGUGGACCCGUGGGGCUGUGUUGUGGCUCAAUGCUCGGACACGGUCGGCCUGGCAUUGGCCGAGAUCAACCACGAUCUGAUCAAGAAGGUCCGACGUGCUAUUCCCGUUUGGGAUCACCGACGGACUGACCUCUACGGAAACCUCUCACCUUGUUGGAGCGCCAAUAGCAAUGAAGUACCAGACAAGGACCAGUACCAGUUUGGCCAGGUGACGUUGGAGGAGUCGCAGAUAUUUUACAAGUCUUCCCUGUCUAUGGCGUUUGUCAACAAAAUGCCUGUGCUUCCAGGACACGUCUUGGUAGCACCGUUCAGACCAGCGCUUCGGCUGAGCGACCUGUCGAGCGAAGAAGUUCAAGAUCUCUUUCUAGUGGUCCAAAAGGUGCAGAGGGCUGUGGAGAAGCACUUUGGUGCCUCUUCUUCCACAGUGUCCAUACAGGAUGGCCCUGAUGCCGGCAGAUCAAUAAACCACAUUCACGUGCACGUGCUUCCGAGGAAACCGGGUGACUUCUCUCACAAUGACAACGUCUAUGUCAAGCUUCAAGAACAUGACAAGGACGACAAGAAGCCAAAACGGUCUGCUGAGGAGAUGGCAGAAGAAGCACGGCUGCUGAGGGCGUUAUUUCAAUGACGAAUAUUAGCAACUCCUAGGAUUUAUGCUUUAUUUCCGUAGUGUUCGUACAUUAACGUACAAAUACGUAUAAUGCUUGUAAAUAAAAGUGAUUUAAAGACUUUCCAAAAUAAUUUUCAGCCUACAGGACUCUGUUGUAAGAUAGAUGAAUGCAGCUGUGUAGCAUUUGCUAAAAGCCUUCGCAGAUGUAUGCGUAUCAAAGCAAAUAAAUUUCAGGAUGCAUUUUUUAGCUGCACCAAAUUUCUAAAAAUUGCCUGUGGCUGAUAGCACCAUUCAAACCCUUGAUCUAAAUAGCUCGAUGAGGUGGCCAAUAGUUCUACGAGAAAUCAAUAUGCUUAUCAAAUAAUGAAUAUAUAUAUGGUAAUUAACCUCUUCAUUAGUUACAUUAUGGCACAUAUUUUGAUGUACAAAUUGUCACUACUACUAUGCUACUACUAGUUGCUACUAGCCCAGCAACAGCUACUUCUGGAAUAGUAGUUAUGCUUGCGAACAACUUUAUGUGGCUAUGAAGAGAAAGCUACGGGGGCAAAGCGUGCACAAGUGAGAGCACUUCUGAAAAGAGUCCCGCGUAUUAAUCUACGUUAGUUUAGGCUGAGGAAGAGAAAACAUAAACACCUUAUUAACCACAGUUAAAUAAGACACGGAACACACACACCACUGAGCGUGAAGGUUUACUUAUUUUGCAGCUUUCCCCUUCACCUCUGGGGAAACACGAAACCAUUGCACGUAGGAGCUGCGUCGAUUCAGCGUCUGUUCUUAGUAACCAAAAGCACUGUCAAAUGCUGCCUGACCACUUGGCACGUUAACUGUGCAGAAGCUCCACUUCCUAGGUUUCCCUUCAUUGCCACAGAAAGUUGUCCACGAAUAUAGUGAGUAUACAAGGCAUAUUUGUACAUUUCGUACAUGAAUGACAUUAACAACUUACAGCUAAUUGUGAGGAUGGCACUAGUUUCGAGAUAUGCGCUGCCAAAUUUGCAGCAAGAAUGCACUGUUCCACUUACUUUUUCAAGAAAAUGUUGUUUUUUGCAUUGCAUCACAAAAGUAACUGGCAGACCGGUGCAUUUCAUUAGACACAUUGAAAAUUAAUGUCUGAAACUGAUGUAGUCCUGAGAAUUCGUUCCAAGUAAAUACACUUUGCGAGCUCACUGGCUAAAAUGCAUAAAUCGAAAUAUGUGCCAUAAAGUAUAUAAUUAAAGAAAUAAUUCAUUAAAAAUUAUUAGUGUGAUUUCAUUAUUUAAUCAAUGAGACAUUUUGAUUUCUCAUAAAAGUACAGCCGAAUCCACUCGUAACGAUACCGGUUUUAACAAUAUAUCGGUUAUAACAACGAGAAGCUGCUGCACCGUCAACUUCUGUAUGUUUUCCAUGGUGAAAUAACCCGCCUACUACAAUGCCUCGAUGCCGCAUUAUCAGUUAUAACGAUAAAGUCUGGCUGCUGGGUGUCCAUACCGAAAGGUAGUGAAAUACGAAAUCCUUGAAAAUAAAAAAAGGAAAACAACAAAUUCGAGCCACUGAAUGAUGACCUGCUGCCCGAACAACUGCCACGCGCUCAUUUUCCAGCCUUCUCUGCGUGCCUCUCUCCCAUUGCCCUUCCACCCGUCUGAAACACGAAUUGACUGUGCCAAAUGGCCUGCUCCCAGAUUGCUUGCUGGAUCCUCAUUCAGCGCAGUUUUGUAAACAGCUUUAAUUGCACGCGUUCGUCUUUGUUGGUUGCGUCAAAAUCGUCCCUGGCCAUGUGGUUUCUCAGCCUCGUUUGACUCACCGCUGAAAUGGAAAAUGGCUGAUCCGCCCGCUGAUCAUCAGCAAUGCACGACGUUGCCGGUGAAAGGAAAGCACACGGCUAUAGAUUUCGAAACUAAGUGCUCCUAACCAAUGAGGUGAUCAUCGCGAAUGUGCUUGCAUCGGAUAUCGACGGCGAGAACAGUAUCGAUGACACGGUACGGCAGGCUGCCUCAACAUUUUCCUCACAGGAGGCCCGGCAGAUGAUUCAGUCCCUCUCUUCGGGGCUUCAUUUUUGCAAGGAAUCUUCCGUACAGCACUUGGGUGCCUUGGAGAAGAAUGUCGGCAAACUUCGCGUAAAGCAUGCAAGGCUGAUGGACAGAGUUUUCUCGUGCAAGCCAGUGAGAAGUAUGUGGCGAGAUGCUUGUGGCGAUCUUGCUUCAGCGUUUCUUUUGGAUUUCUCAAGCUGAUGGGCUGCCACGGCAACCUUCUCGCAUUGUUUAAAAGGCCCCCUUUGGGGCCACCAAAGCGAUGUCUCGGCGAACGUCGCAUAUCAUUUGCCGCCUGUGACCCCUCUUUGCAGUUGUUAUAGCAGUGCCAUUCUUUAACGCCGACAGCCGCGGCUUGUUACACGCGAUCGGAACGCCAAGGAGGCAGUUAAACGGGUGAACACAAUCAACAGGCAGAUGGAGGAAGGUAGUGGGGAGGGGCACUGGCCUACCCACCAUUAUAGUUUUCUCACAUCAGCUCUGCCAUUCCCCUAGUUUGAUUUUUUAUGCAACCCGGUCAUAACAAUUAUCGGUUAUAACAACGGAAUUUUCGUGGCACUUGAAUAUUGUUAUAAGUGGCUGACUGUAGUGGCCACCUCACUGGGUAAUUUAGUUCAAGGGUUAGAAUUGUGCUAUUUGCCGCAGGCAAUACUUAACGAUUUGGUGCAGCUAAAAAAUAAAACGCCCUAUGUAGCAAAGACGGCUAAGCUAGAUAAUGGAGCUCUCGCACUCUUUGGAAGUCCUAUGUUUUCCACUGCCUCAAAUCUACCCAAGACUUUGGAAAUGAUAGGAAUGAUAGCACUGCAAGCAGAUGCCCCCGCUCGCAGUCAGAUCCUUGAUUGUAAAGAGCCACCUUGCCCGACGCUCUAGGGUGCCCUCUCUGCUGUGGGUGUGCUGCGCCGGUACUGUGCUGGUAACGAGGGAAUCGAACUGAAGCAGGCCAACACAAUCUGAUGGGUGGAGAAUGUCAGAUGUGUUUUGUAGCCCUUAGUAACAGGUAAAGGCAAAGGCAAACAUUACGGCAUACUAGUACACACAGUUUUGUUUUCAAUAAAUCGAUUCCUUCCAUGCUUCUUUUCACCACGGAAGAUGACAAAUUUGUAUAUAUAACAAAUGCAUCACAAAGGCUUACUUUGUUAUUGGUGAGCCUUGGUAUAUCAAAUUACCUGAUAUAUCUAUCUUAGCAUAUAAGCAUGUUGUAACCAGGUUCAACUGUAUAUAGCCACCAGCAGUGCAAACGAAACUUUACAACUUCCUGCGUAUAACUGAUAUUUAUGAAGUCCUGUUGGCGAUGCUUCUGAUUUUGCUUGCGUUACCGCCUUAAGAACCUUGUAAAUGUAAAACUGACAAGGCAUGCCAAUCAUUGUGGCAUUGUAGACUCAAUGACAACCUAGGAAUUUAGUACAAGCCCCGCGAACAAAAUGUCUCUGCAUCUAUCCUCCGUUCCUUUUCGCUCCCAAAUACAGUUCCUGGAAAAUGACAAUAUUGAAAUAAGUUUGCCUUUGUCGUGAUGUCACGGAAAUUAAUGUUAUGGGUUGGUGCAUUCAUACAUUAUCUCCAAGUCGGGCAGUGAUGCGUUUGCCACUUUUUUCGUUGGUUUUCACAGAUUAUAGACUGUUCUGCAACGGCCAUGGCAGCAGUGAGGUUGUGCCUCAUGCCAGAUAGAAAGUGCGUCUUCAAGUUCGUUUAACUUACGAGACAUCUUGCUACCAUUUUAAAUAAAAAUGCCUCAAGUGUGAA